AUGUUCUGGCGUUUUGGGGGAUAUGCAAGUAUCUCCAGCAUCGAUACCCUUCUCGAAAAACCCGAGGUUACCGUCGAGGAACUACUGGAUGAGCCCGAGAUCAUCCAAGAAUUGAAACAGCAUAAUACAAAACUCAUAGAAUAUCUGCGCGAGGACCAUGUCUUGAAACGGCUUAUGGACUAUGUGACAGCACCGAGCUUGGUGAACGAAGAUGACGACGAUGAUGAAGACAAUGCCAAUGAGAAAGAUACUGCCAAAGAUGUAGGCUCAGCAGAGCAAACGGACAAGAACGACAAGGACGAGGAAAAGGAGUCGGAUCCCUUGAAAAGUGUUUUGGAUGCGGACGAUCUGGAGAGGGUCGAAAAGUCGCGCCUGAAGCACGCCUACGUGGCCUGUGAGAUUCUCUCAUCAGAGACAUGGACCAUUCUCGAAACAAUUAUGGAAAACCCGGCCUAUCUGCGCGACUUCUGGGGAUUCCUCCGGCGACCAGCGCCUCUUGACUCUCUGCAGGCGAGCUAUUUCACCAAAGUGAACGAGACGCUGCUUGAUAAAAAAACGGAGGAGAUGCUGGAUCUAUUGAAAACUCUUGACGGAAUUGUACCUGCUCUGCUGCAGCACAUUGAUAAUCCCAUGGUCAUGGACCUCCUGCUCAAGAUCAUCAGCCUGGAAAAGGCAGAGGGUGGUCAAGGCACUGUUGACUGGCUCCGGUCCCAGAAUUUGAUUCCUACUCUUCUCUCGUUCCUGUCUCCGGAUCACCCUGCGUCGGUCCAAACAUCCGCAGGCGACUUCCUAAAGGCGAUCAUCACCAUCUCUGCAAACGCGACACCCAAUGAUCAAUCGUGCAUUGGUCCGAAUAGUCUCACCCGCCAGCUAGUUUCCGCAGAGUGCGUGCAACAACUCGUGGAGGCCAUGCUCAAGGGCGGUAACCCAUUGACUGUGGGAGUGGGCAUUGUGAUCGAAGUUAUUCGCAAGAACAACUCCGACUACGAUCCCGAGCACCUCGGAAGCCCUGAGUCAAUGCCGACGCCUUACGACCCAAUCUACCUUGGUAAUCUUCUUCGCGCAUUUGCGAAGCAUAUCCCCGACUUUAUGGCUUUGAUCCAGAGUCCGAAACACACCGUACACGACGGAAAAACCUUUAAGACCGUCGAACGAGGCCGCUUGAAUUCUGCAUGGGGUGGAAAAAUUGAGCCACUAGGGUUUGAUCGAUUCAAGACUUGUGAAUUGAUGGCUGAGCUGUUGCAUUGUAGUAACAUGGGUCUGCUCAACGAGCCCGGUAGCGACGAGUAUGUCCAGCAUCGGGAUGCCGAGCGUGAGCGAUUGAUCAAGGAGGGAUACUUCAACCCGCUUCGGGAUGAGCAAUCUGGCAUGGAGUAUAAUGAUACCACAGCAGACUUUACCAAUGGAUCAGCCCUGGAUUCUGGAUCCCCUGAAGAUAUCAAGGGUACAUACAUGGCUCGCGCCGGUGAAGAAGAAGGGUUCGAGGAUGUUGGUGCCUCUGGUGUGCUGGUUGGCGAGAAGGAAGGGGAACAGCAGGCCAAGAAGGAAGCUACUCCUUUGGAGCAGAUCGCAGCAGCACAAGAGGACUCGGCUGUUGAAACCCCUUCCACCUCCUCUCAAAUCACCCCUGAGCCUUCCGAGGCCCCGUCAUCCGCUACCGGUCUAGCGGAUCAAUUGAGUGAGAUCCAGCUUGAGAGCGAGCAACAAAAGCCCGCACAAGUUGAAAAUGAGCAACCUGCGGUCUCAGCUGAGCCGGAAGAUGUCCCGCCGCCGCUCUUUGCCUCGAAGGAGCAGCCUUCGGAGCCAGCUUCUGACCCCGUGAAUCAAGCAGAGGGCUCCUAUGCCAUUACUGAGCCCGUUCGGGAAACCAGUCACAACGAUGGUGGUGCCGAAGAUCCUGCCGAGCAGUACAUUCAGUAUGAUACGGAUGGGCAGCCGGUGGUUGGGGACUACUUGAAAAUCAAGUUUGUUGAGAACAAGGUUGUCCCGACGAUCUUGGGUUUCUUCUUCCGAUUCCCAUGGAAUAACUUUCUCCAUAAUGUUGUGUAUGAUGUGAUUCAGCAGGUAUUCAAUGGACCCAUGGAACGUGGCUACAACCGGGCUCUCGCAAUCAACGUUUUUGAAACCGGCCUGAUCACAACCGCCAUCAUCGAGGGCCAGAAGCGCAGUGAUGAGGCACAGAAGACAAAGCAGAUUCGUCUUGGCUACAUGGGCCAUUUGACACUUGUCGCUGAGGAGGUUGUUAAGUUUAGUGAACGCCACCCGCCGGAGCUGCUUUCCCGUUCUGUCAUGGAAUCAGUCCUGAACCCGGAUUGGAUUGACUACGUUGAGCAGACGCUUUCCGAAACUCGGGAGCGAGACAAUGCCAUCUUGGGAGGUGUUCGCCCAGACAUGUCAGUUGGGUCUCGCCAAGCAGCUAUCAGCUCAAAUCAGGGAUUCAGCAACUCGAAUGCUCUCGCUGAAGCAGGUCUAAAUGGUGGGAUUGGUGGCUCCACUUUUCAAGGAUUUGAUCUGAACCAAGGGAGUGCUUCUGGCGGGACAUUUGGGGCUGGCGGUCCCUCUCUCUUGAGUGGGUUUGCCAGCUCGAGUGAUGACGACGAGGAUGAAGAUUUGGAGGAUCAUGAAAACAGAGAUGCUGCCAAUGCCGACCACGGCGAUUCCGAGAAUAUAUCCAUGAACUCCAUAAGCCAACCGAUUCCAAUUUUGCCCCCACCUCCAGCUCCUUUGAGUACUGGUCCAUCCCGCGCUCGGAGACAACUGGCAGCACGCCUAGCAGCCCAAAAACAGCAAGCGGCUGAAAAUGAAGAUGGAGAAGGGGCGGACGACAGGGUCCAUGAGGCCGAGAGCAGAGACUCCCAGUGGCCGAGCAACCCAUUCGUCAUUGCCGGAAUUGACGAUGAUGCCGAGGGAGGUAACACUGCGUUCCCCAAUAACGACUUUGGAUCAAAUGCCGAUCAGACCUUUGCUUCGGGGUUCCAUGAAGGCGGGUUCAGUCCCCCAGACACACUGUCUAACUCCUCUGAUGAGGAUGGCGACGGCCAUGCAGAGGCCAUGCGGCGACGUGUUCGUGUACCCCUUGAGGUUGACGAGGAUGACGACGACAUGGGUGAAAUGGUCGGGCCGAGCGCCACCGGCAUGAUCGAUUCAGACGAGGAGGAGGAUGCCAUCAUCAACGAAUCACUGGGUUACUCCAACCUCCCGCAUCCCAAUCGAUACACCGGAUUUCGCCGGCCACGGGCUGUGAGCUCCCACUUCGAUGACGAACAAAAUGAUAGCAGUGAUGGUGAAGAUGACGGGCUGGUGGAGAUCCUAGUCCCAGGCCGCAAAUCCUCUACUUCAAAUUAA